AAUAUAAGUGUUUGUAUAUUCAGGGGAAAAUGUUCUGUCUUCCGUUUUAUGCGACACAAGACGUGUUGCGGUCUGCUGUCCUGAGAAUAAAAACAUAAUAAACACCCACUCAUUUGUUUUUCACCUAAAUCUGUCCACUCAUGAAUUACUCUGUCAGUCGAAGAGCUGCUCUCAGUUAAUGCACUUCACACGGAGAAUAUUGGAAACAUUAGGAUUAUGGCAGUUUUCCCUUGGAUCCUUUCUUUAAUUUGUGCUGCAGGAUGUCACCUGUCGUCACCCUCACCUGUUCUCCGCUCUGCCCUGGUGGUCCAGACAGGUCAGAAUGUGUCUCUGACCUGCAACAUAACACCCAGCACGGAGAUCACCUGGUACCUGCUGCGCUCAGACCAGCUGCUGCCUCUGCUCACAAUAAAGGAGAGUAACUUCAUAGGGAGAGACUCGAUAUCUUUUCACGUCGCAAACAAAAGUCGUAUCAGCUGGUCGGGAGACCUGCAGGGUGGUCUGGUUAGUCUGGAGAUCCUGGCAGUAGAGGAGGAGGAUGCCGGGUUGUAUUUCUGUGCUGGGCGGAUUGCAGAUACUGUGCACGUUAACAAGGGAAUUCACCUGAAAGUGAAUGGAGGUGAGGGGGAGACUACUGUAAAUAGAAGGAGUCAGCCGUGUUGGAAUCUGGGAAUCUGCGUACUUCCAGGUGUACUUGCCCUUUGUUUCAUCAUCGUGGUUGGACUCUGCCUGUGCUCAGGUAAACCAGCUGUUUGCAGCUGUAAUCCGGGAUGGAGCGCCAGCCUGAGAGUUGCAGAGGAAGAGUCUUUGCAGUAUUCUAGUCUGAGGCAUCCACACAAGCUCCACCCAGCUGGCAGGGGAAGACCUAAACUGGUAGAAGAACCUGUCACAUACUCCACGGUUGCCAGUCGCAAGAACUUAAAUGCAUUGCAUGACCACUGAUAAACUUUUGUGGAGUGUUUUGUUGUUGAUCGAUUCAGUCAGUACAACAGCUUUGUAGUCAGAUCAUCGUUUCACUGACUUUUUAGAACAAUCUUUGUCUGGACUUUUGGAAAAACAACAAAAGAUAGAUAGAAUAGAUAAAAUAGAUAUGAAUAUAGUACAGAAUUAGAUUUUAAAAGUAACUUUGGCCAAUAAAAUGCUAAAGUUUUUAUAUAACUAAUUAAGUAGCUUUCUGCUGUAUGAUAAAGUAACAUUUGUAAAGAUAUUUGUAUUCAUUUCAAAGAAACAGUACACAUGUAAACCAGUAAUUUCACAUUUAUAACACCAAGGUAGUAAACAAAAUAAGCUUUUUCACAUAUAAACACAUGUAAAUAGUGUUGGUGUUCACACACCACAAGUAACUGGUCACUUUGAUGCAGUGAUAUGCAGAAUAUUAGAUAGAAUAGAUACAGUACUGCCGUUUUUUCAUGUUCAGCAUUUCUUGUUAGUCUUUAUAAAGUGCAGUAAAGCAUGCCUGUCAUUUCUUAAAUGGUUUCUGUAUGAAAUGCAGCCAGAAUGUAACUAAAUAUUUUGCUUUUGCUGAUCUGAGCGUCUUUUACAUGUUCUGUCAAGCUGUCAGAAACAGUGAAACAAGCUUUCCCUGCUGCUGUUUUUAGGGCUGCAAAUUUCAGGAAAUUCAGGUUGGAUGCAGAGAAAAAAAGAAAUUAUUUAUGUAUAUAUUGUAUAGUCAACUAUUGCAAGAACUAAACUCAGUGUAUGUAUAUUGUACUGAGAAUUGUAAGUACACAAAUGUUCUCAUGAUGAAUGUAACCCGUCAGCUUUGCUGUAUGAAUGUAUGCAGACCAAAAUUAUUGGCAGUGUAAAUAAUGUUUAUGUAGAGCAAUGUAUAACCUUUGUAUUAAACUCCUGUUACACAGUA